AUGGUUGAAGCCGUAGGAGCAGUUAGUGGCGCGGCCACUCUUUUCAAUACCGCUGUCACCUGUUUCGACUAUGUAUAUGUCGCCAGGCAUAGCUGGCCCCGACUCCAGUCGCUUUUUCUGCAACUUGACAAUGCCCAGUUGAGGUUGACGCGCUGGGGUGAGGCUGCGGGCCUGAGUGACGCCAACAUCGUUGACGACGAAUCAAUUCGGUUCACCGGUUCUUUCAUGCUCAACGAGGAGGAGGAACGCAGGGCAGUCGCCAUCUUUACCGUCAUAUGUUCUAGAUUUGACGAAUGCCAGAAAGCUUGUCUGGGCUUCAGGGGCGGCAGGAGGGAGGAUGAUCCGAAGGUCAAGGAGGUGGAAACACCACUUUCGGGGGCACCCUGGUUGCCAAUGAACAAGUAUCUACACGACACCAUGCGUAAGAUUUCCGAGGGUCGGAAGAACAAGAUUUCGCCGCUUCGGAAAGUCAAGUUUGCAAUUUACGAUGAAAAACACCUCCGAGACCUACUGAAGGAUAUCAACGACCACAUUGACACCUUAUAUCAGAUCUUCCCACUCUCUGACGAUGCUGAAACUCUGGAGAAGCAAGAUCGACAGACGAAAUACGAGAUGAGCCAACUGCUCUCUGUGCUAGAGUCUUUGGGCAAUGCUAUCAAGGGCCGUGACAAAAACGAUAUGCGAAUGACUUUCAACAAUGACCAGGCAAUGGUUGUCGUUCAAGGCCAGAUGAACGGUGGAGUGGCCGACCAAAAGAAUGAAAUACACAACAAGUAG